AUCGACGCCGCCAUAUUGGUUUCGAAAUAAACCCUUGCGUACGCAAUGAGUUUGCGAAACCAUAAAGUUUCGAUUAAACAUGUGACGCAAGAUUAACUAAUACAAGCUCAACCGUAUUAAAUAUGAGAAGCUAACUUUAUCUCUGUGUAAAAUUAAUUAAAUAAACAAUCCCGUCAUUCCAAGUUUGCGUAUGCGACCGCUUUGUCUAUCGCAGUAGAAAGUGAUUCUUUUAUUAUUAUUUAAAAUGGGACUCGGAAGCUUUCGAUACCGUCUAAUAAUAUUACUUUGCACUGCUCUCGUUUUGUACCAGUCAGCCAAAUAUUGGCCGUCUCUCCAAUUCAGCGAUGAUCCUCCCCAGUCUUCUGCAGCAAAAUCACUGGCGGCCCAAGAGCUAGUCGAAGGAAUAGAUAUAGCCGAGCCGCCAAAGCUGGAUGUACAGAAGGUGCUGGUCUCCGUGUAUUAUGAAGCCCUUUGUCCAGAUUCAAAAUUUUUUGUAGUCAAACAGCUAUUGCCAACAUUUCAAAAGAUAAAGGAGAACCUGCAGGUAGAACUCAUACCAUAUGGCAAAGCCAAGACAGUCGAAACUCCCACUGGGUACGAAUUUACGUGCCAACAUGGGCCACUCGAGUGUGAGGCAAAUAUCAUACAUGCCUGUGUUAUUGAUCUAGUCAAUGAUCAGUUAAUACAGCUCGAUUAUAUUUCUUGCAUGAUCCAAGACAACAUGCAACCUGAACGAGUUAUGCAUCAAUGUGCUGCCAAGGUUAACCUAGAUGUCACACCUAUAGAGAAAUGUUAUAAGGGGACAAAAGGGAAAGAGCUAUUGGCCAAGUUUGGGGAAAUGACAGAUGACUUGUCUCCCAAAGUUGUAUUCAUACCCACUAUUACGCUCGACAAGGACUCGAGUAAUCAGGCAGCCAUUCUAAAAAAUCUACUUAAAGAAGUGUGUUCACGACUGAAUAGUCCACCUCUAGGUUGUGCAUAGCAUCUCAUUGAUGUUAUUGAAGCUAUGGCUGUAACAGCAUAAUUCUAUAUUUCAAACGGUCUGUUCCUACAUAUCACGACGCUCACCAACGAAAUCUGUGCUUGAAUUACCCCAGUUACAGGGAAGUAUAUCAAAUACAUUAUUUUACAAACAAUUAUUAACUGCGAUUAUGUAUGAAGAAUAAAAGCGUUACAAUAUGUUUGAACUAACUAA